AUUCGACACUGUGUACGCACAAAAAAUAAAGUUUUGUGUUUGAAAUAAAUUAAAUUUUUCUGUGUGUAAUCAUUAUGACCGUUGACAGAUUUCCCGUUGUUUAUGAGUUGGCUGUUUGAAGCGAUAUUUAAAUUUAGUGAUUUCGUGCCAUAAUAAAUUUGAUUUCGAAGCCAGUAAAAUGUGCUAAUUAAUCAUGGAUAAACACGCAGUAAAGUUAUUUAUAAAUGAUAUUGAAAAUAAGGAGGACAUAUACAAUGCAAUAGUGGACGAAUUGCGUGGACGUGGUAUCAAAUAUCGGAAGGAGAAAAGGCCAAAAAUUGGGCAGGAUAAGGUUCGUUCUAAACGAAUUUUUAACGUUCCACUGUAUGCGUUAGAGUUGACCGAUGUCAUUUUAACAAAUGGCGGGGUUGCGCAGAUCCCUCUUUUUGUUUCGAAUGCUUGUCAACGGAUUUUAGAGCAAGUUAACACCGAAGGUUUGUUUAGGAAAGCGGGAUCUUCUAAAAGACAACAAGAAAUUAAGGCUAGUAUAGAAUCCGGAAAAUCACUGGGGAGAUCUUAUCAUGUCAUAGAUAUAGCCAACAUUUUAAAAACGUUUUUUCGAGACCUCCCGGAACCACUUUUGCCGACUGGAAACAUCCAAGAAACUUUGAUUCGGUGUUUGUUAUCGGGAGACCAUAAAGUAUAUGAUCUAAUGAUCACGUGUUUAUUGCUUCCGCCAAUAACGUUGAAUACGUUGGCGUUUUUCAUGCAAUUUCUUCAUACUGUUUCACUCAAUUCCAACAGCAACAAAAUGACAAUUGAAAAUUUGGCAAUAAUAUUGACACCUAACAUUAUGCCGAUAGCAGAAAUGAUACAACAGCGACUGACUAGUCACGUAAAAGUAAUACAACUGCUAAUCGAAAACGCUCAUCAGAUCGGUGUCAUUCCAGGACCUCUAAUUGAAAAACUUAAUGAUUCGAUUAGUACAUUCCGUCAUAGUGAUACAAAUUCUAGCACUUUCCAUCACAUUACGACGGAUAAAAAGAAAAAGAAAAGACGAAGUGGCUCAUUAACUCGAAUGUUCCAUGGAUUGAAAAAAAUUGUUGGGGCUAUAGGAUCCUCGGAGAGUUUGGAUAGAAGUGAAGGACAAAUCGAUAAAGACGCAUCCGUCUCGGUUGUUACUCCAUGCAUCAGUAAAUCCAAUAAGAAACGCAAGGUCACAGAUGGAAUGCCGUUCAGUGCCAAAAAAAAGAGAGAAGUGCUUUCAUCACUACCAGAUAAUCAGGAAAUUUUGCCGUAUACUCCAACUGCAGUACUCAAACAAGCGAAGAAAUCACGAUUGAGCCUCGGUGGUUAUCGAAACAAAGGUGUUAAGAACGACUCUCGACACAUGCCAAUUUCGUCAAAUACGUCUAUUAUUGAAAACAAGCCGAUGGAGCGGCGUUGGAGCGUUGUGGGAGCACCAUGGGCACGAAAGAAACAGAAUCGAGAGACAUCUAAAGAUCAAGCGAACAGCACCAUGAAUGACAAAACCGUAGAAGUAGAUGAAAAGGAUUUGAAAGGGUUAUCGCCAGUAUUUUCAUUGCCUAAUCUCAGCACACCUCAACAUUGUCAAAAUCGUGAAUUAUUCGAAAGUCAAAUAUUUCAAAGGCCUUUACUAAAAGGGAAAGUUUUGUUUGAUGACGACGACGAUAAGGACAACAUACAGUCAACACGUGAAGACUUUGACAACGAUUUGUAUCUGCGAAUUCCAAAAAGUGAAUACGAAGCUAUCAAGAAGCGAGUUUCAGCGAUUGAAACAAGAAUAUCACAAGAAUUUAAUAUGGUGAUGAGCAAAGCGGAAGCUAACAAAAUGGACAGCACAGACCCAAUUGAUCGUGUAACGGAUAAAUAUCAUGAGACAUUGCAGCAUACAGAACCAAUUGAAGCAACUUGUUCCAGUACGGAUCAACUGGCCAAACGAUUGAGUCGAGAGCUUAAAAUCCGCCGUAGUUCAGAACAUAAAGUGAUGCGAUCUCCAAGCGCACGGAAAAUUGGAUCCAUACGUCGACGAUCCCGAGAAAGUGUUCGUCUUUCGAGAAAUCAAUCGUGGCACUUAGGGCCAAGUACCAAAUUGAUUUCUCCUAGUAAAUCUGAUUUAUCUUGUUAUCCAAAAACUAAUCUCAAACGAGGUCGACCAAAUACUGUUCAAAGUGGAUUAAAACAUCCAGAAAUAAGUCCAGUAAGUCGCGGUAAGGAGAGAAUGGAGGAAUCGAUACAUGUAGGUCAAAGUGUAUCUAACGAGGAAAAAUUGGAAGAUACAUGGACUUGCGCACAGACUUUCUUCCAAACCUCAGAUGAAAGCUUGGAAAAAAUAAUCGAACCAAGUAAUGCACAUUCAAAGCUAGAAGUUUUCAAGACACCUGAAGUAAUUAAUCCUAAUCGUGCUUCAAUCAAAUCUGCUGGUAGUUAUAAAAACGUCACUCCUCAUUUUGUAACUAAAAUUAAUGUAGGGAAAAUUAAAACUCCAAUGCUACCACCCGGAAUUCCUACUCGCAAAACACCAGCCAAAAUAUCAAUGCUUCCAUCAAACACACCAGGUCGGCUAGAUACAUCUUUGCUGAAAACUCACUUGACUCCAUUACAAGAAUUCCAAUCAGGUCGUGCUUCCAUUGCAAGAUUACGCAGUCAAAAUGCAGGCAUGGUCAUGGCUAAAGCAAAACUAUUUGAUGGAAUGGUAACUAAAACUACUGACAAACUGCCGACACAGAGUGCUCAUCAGCAAAGUAGUGAUUUCCCUUUGAAACAUAACCCGAAAGCAAAUAAAUAUCGAGAUACGCCUCUGCAGGCUUCAACGCAACUCCAGUUGCGACUAGUGCACAAAGUUAGAAGCGCUACGAACACGGGAAAUAGUCCACAGAGGUCAACGCCGCGAAAGCGCGUGUGCACUAAAUCGCCUUAUGGUGGAAUUAACCGUCGAGAAAAAUUGCGAUUGGCGGGAAAAUCUCCUGGUGUGAAAGCUAUUCAUUCACCUAAUAUUAUACGAAAUAUACAAAAUAAUUCGAAGAUGUUUCCAACUAAUUCUAAUAUUAGUGUAAGUUUCUCGCCAAAUCUUUAUGAUCUAGACAACAAAACUCCUCAUGCUAAAAAAAAGCAUCUAAGAAAUUCACCUAAACGACUACUCAAAACUCCUGACGGCAGGGAAAACAUGCCCCUUCACUCAAGCGAUCGCAAACAUACGCCCAAGAAAGUUACACCGCUCUCAAAACUAGCUCUUACAUCGCGAGGAAAUAAUAGCAAUGCCGACAACCGAACGAGACGCGAAUCACCACGGUUAUUAGCCAAUAGUACCAGGAUCCAAACCACCACAAAUGUAGGAAUUGAUUCACAUUCAAACUCCCUCAAGGUAUAGGUGGUUGGGUUGAGAAAUUUCUUUUAGGCAGGCUACCAUUUUGGGGAAAAGAAUAGAUGAUACAUGUAGUUUUCGAAUAUAAUU